AUUUCAGGAAAAAAACACCUAAAAUGACUGAAGAAAUCUUUAAGGGCGCAGGAGAUAGAUACAAUGGAAUUACAGUUGAUUCCCAAAUAGAAUAUACUGAGAACGAUUUUCUUAGUAUUUUAAAUAACUCUUUAAAAAAAUGGUCCGAGCAAAAUAAGCGCUGCAUAUGGUUUAAAGUGAAUAUAAAACAUGCAGACUGGGUGCCCAUACUUGCCAAGGCUGGAUUUGAUUUCCAUCACUCCAGGGACAGUUUUGUUAUGAUGUACAAAUGGUUGCCUACAAACAGCAAAGCCAAUUUGCCACCAGCAUGCCAUACAAAUCUUGGUGUAGGAGGUAUGGUCUUUAAUAGCCAAAACCAAAUACUAGUUGUGGUUGAACAACAUACCGAUAUUGUUCAUUGGAAACUACCAGGAGGUUAUGUUGAAAGAGGUGAAGACAUCAAAGAUGCUGUUAUAAGAGAAGUGAUGGAGGAAACUGGAAUUGAGGCAUCUUUUGAUUCAAUUGUAACUUUGAGGCACAGUCACAAUUCUAUGUUUGGAAAUUCGGAUAUUUACAUAGUAGUUAUGCUAAAAGCGAUUUCUGAUACUAUCAACAAAUCAGAAAUUGAAAUAGCAGCCUGUCAGUGGAUGGAUGUUGAUGAGUAUCUUAAUCAUCCAAAUGUACAUGAAUUUAACCGUUCAAUAGUGAGUCAAGCUCUGGAACUCCGCGAAAGGAAGCUAAAACUAAACCUGUACACAAAAACACUGAAAUUUUCAAACUGGUCGAAAGAAAUAACAAAUCUAGUUUUAGAAGAUUCAGAAGAAUAAUACAUUUCGUCAGAAUAAAUAUUGACAACAAAAGCAAAAGGCCAGAGAACAACAAUUUUACCUCUUAGGAUUGUAAUUAUUUUUAAAUAGUGAAAAUAAGCAGCCAAUUUUAGGAUCUCUACAUUCAAUAAGGUUUUUUAAAAACAGAAUGAAGAUAUUAGCUUACAAGAAGCUCACAAUUAUUAUAUACGUAAAAGUAUAUUCAUUCAUGAUUUUGCAAUGUCCACAUUGACAAAUGAUAAAUUCUUAUUAAACUGUUCCGUGACUACAUAUAUUUUGUAACUUAGACCUGUACCUAGAGUUGUUGCAAAACUCUUACUAAGCUGUAAUUGUAAUGUACCAUUGAUAAUAACAAGGGACCAGUCAUCCUUUGCAGCAAUCAAAUUUAAAUUUUACAUAACCAAAAUGUGUAGGGUACAUGAACUUUAAUGAAUUGCUUUACUAUGCUUUGUUGAUUAAGCUAUUGAAUUAUUUUAACAUAUAAAACCAUUGUGGUCAUCUCAGUUCCAUCGAAAGGCGUUACUAUUAUUCAAUGGUGAAAGACUAAGAAUGUGUAAAUAAAUAUGUUUAAUAGAGAAUAUAAAGAAUAUUCGGUGGUCAUUACUUGACUAUUAGUCGAUAGAGUACCUAUAAUAAAUAUUUAAGUAGCUAGAAUGUUCAUUUCUUAGUAAGAGUACCCAACCAGGUUAUACUAUAAAUAUUUUUUUUAAAAGUAAUUAAUAUAAGCUAAAAUAUGUAGAUGGACAAUACAGCUAGUGGGAUGUAAUCCUCUGCUAUAUGAAGCAAAAUAUGUAGGUACCUAUACUAAAAAUAGUGUUUUUAGCACUUUGCAUUAGUACUGGGUACUAAAAAUAUCAAGAUGUAAACAUAUUUCUGUGAUAUACAAUGUAUAUAUGUAAACCAUUUUACUUGGUGUAAAUAAUUGUUUUAUAUUUGGAUCUAUCCCAUAAACCAUUGUGCACAUGA